CCUGUUUGUAGUCAUUUCAUCCCACUUCUGCAGCACACUCAGCCACACUGCCAGACACCUUCUUGUUCACUGAUCACACAGCAUGGAUCUCCUUUAUCGCACAGUGGACCUCCACUGCCAGGCCAAUAACUCCGCCCACCACACAAGUGACAUCUCAACCGAGGAGUUGAUCAUCAGGCGAGGACAGUCCUUCCUCCUGAACUUGGAGCUGCCACGACCUUUCAACCCUAACACUGACCAGCUCCACUUCACAGUAAAAACUGGCUCCAGGGCGUCAGAAGACCUGGGGACCCGGUCUGCGUUUGGAAUCCCAGAGAGUCAUGUGACCCGCUCCCCGGGUGCCAAGGCGAAGUGGAGGGCCGAGCUCGACACAACCUCCUCCCCAGCCCUGGGCAGGGUGACCCUGGCCGUGACCCCGUCGGCCGACGCCCCCGUGGGGAACUACUACCUGACCAUGGAAAGGGGGGACAAGGAGGCCAGUCUGGGACGUCUGGUGGUGCUCUUUAACCCCUGGUGCCCAGAGGACUGGGUAUAUCUCCCGGACGAGGAGGAGAGGCAGGAGUAUGUGCUGAAUGAACAUGGAGUUAUCUACAAAGGAACUACCAAGUACAUCAGCUCUGUGCCCUGGGACUAUGGACAGUUUGAUGAGGACAUAAUGGACAUCUGCAUGAAGAUAUUGGACGUCAACCCCAAAUACCUGAGGGACCCAACCGAUGACGUCUCUGCUCGCUGCAACCCCAUCUACGUCAGCCGCGUGGUCAGCGCCAUGAUCAAUUCGUCCGACGACGCUGGUGUCCUGGUCGGAUGCUGGGGAAAGCCUGACAGAAGGGGCGUGUCGCCGUCCAUGUGGAGCGGCAGUGUGGAGAUCCUGAAGCAAUGGCGCAGGAAUGGCUGUCACUCAGUCAAGUAUGGCCAGUGCUGGGUGUUCGCAGGGGUCAUGUGCACAGUGAUGCGGUGCCUGGGCAUCCCGUGUCGCGUGGUGACCAACUACCAGUCAGCUCAUGACACAGACAAGUCCCUCACCGUGGACGUCUACUACAGCGACUUCGGAGUGCGACCCAAGGAGUCAAAGGACACCAUCUGGAACUUCCACGUGUGGGUGGAGGCGUGGAUGAAGCGUCCAGACCUGGAGGGAGAAGGAGGAAACUAUGACGGAUGGCAAGUUCUGGACCCCACACCUCAAGAGAGGAGCAAAGGCGUGUUCUGCUGCGGCCCUGCCUCUGUUAAGGCCAUCCUGGACGGACACACAGACCUGAAGUACGACUCCCCGUUUGUCUACGCUGAGGUCAACGCCGACGUCAUCGACUGGCUGCUAAUGUACAACGACCCGAAGCAGCAGCUGUGCUCUGACACCAAGCGAGUGGGCCAGAACAUCUCCACCAAGUCAAUCGGCUCCAACAAGAGGCAGAACAUAACAGCCACGUACAAAGCCAGAGAGGGAACUGAAUUGGAGAGGAAUACCUUCGAGUGUGCCAUGACCAGGGGUUACUCACUGGAGGGACAUGAACGGCACAAGAUCAGCGUCAACCGGGAGGGCCUUGGCACCGAAGCAGAGGAGGAGGAGGAGCAGGAGAAUGCUGAGGGAGGAAGGAGCAUAGGGAACGGGGAGAUCACCGUGGAGGAAAAUGAGGAGGAGAACGCCGUUGUCCCAACUGCGCCUCUCCCACAGAUGGUGGUGAUGCAGAUUGAGGAGGCAUCGACGCCGAUCAGUGGGCAGGACGUCCAUCUGAAGGUGACCCUGAGCAGCGAGGACCGGGUGCCCAGAUCUCUGUCUCUGCGGGUCAACGCCCAGACCAUGCUGUACACUGGCGUACCGGCCGCCAACGUCCUCACUAAGAUAGAAGAACACACCCUGCAGCCUGGACGAGCUCUGUCCGUUGCCGUGGUGAUCCCGUUCUCGGUGUACGGUGAACACCUCUUUGACUGUGACAGUAUGAACAUUUCUGUGUUGGCCACGGACCAGAACCACCCAAAGCUGGUGUACCUGGCCGAGAACAACAUAGUCCUGCAGGAUCCUCCCAUCUCCAUCACCGUGAAAGGCGUGGCUAGGCUUUACCACCAGCUGGAAGUAGAUGUGGCCUUCAGCAAUCCCAUACAGGAGACCCUACAGAACUGCUCCUUCCAUGUCAGUGGCAGCGGCCUGCUCAACAACCCUGUGGAAGCGAGUUUACCGGACCUGAAACCCGGUCGCCGCAUUCGGUUAGUACUUGCCUUCACGCCGUACAGGAUCGGAAAGAAGAUCCUGGUGGUGGAUUUCGACUGCUCCACUUUCAGGGAUGUCAAGGCCAGCGUCACCAUCGAUGUUCAACUGCAUUAGGCCACAACACUCCAUUACCAUGGUGACGAAUUCUGGGACCGCAGUUAAAGAGAAAGAUGAAUCUUGAUUAAUCAAAUUAAGUGCUGUUCUGCAUAACCAUAAUCAUUUAAGGUGUAAACAUUACCCUACAUAACCCCAUUGUUAUACUGAGGAUUUAUUCUUUUUAUUUUAUUUCCGAUAUAAUAUUCACAAAUCAACACUUUUUCUUUAAAUAUCAAUAAACAGAUAUAAUUUAAACUUAGAGAUUCAACAAUUUUAGUUUGAAACCCGCUUUGUAUAUUUUCAUGUCUAUAUUAUACCUAGAUAUUUAAUAUAUCCUAGAAAUAAGAAGCCCUAGGAACUAGAAACAUAAUCUUUCUCCCAUACCUGAAGGGAGAGACACAUCUUUGACAUCCACGCGUUCACCUUUUUUAAAAGUCUAUAUGUUUUAAAAAACAUAUUUUCAACCUCACUUUGCACUACAGCACUCUGGAGAGAAUGCAUUUUUUUAGUUUUCUUUUGCUGCUCAGUUGUGUUUACGAUUCAUUGUAUUCUAUGUUAUUAAAGAGGUUGUAUGGGAUUGCUCUAUUUUCGCUUUGUUUCUUUGUCCUUGAGUUCAGUAAAAAAUAGUUUUAAGCCGCAAACCUUUGCAGGAACCAGAUAAAGAACUAAAUAAAGUUCUGAGGACAUUAUUUUACCCCCAGAUAGGGUUAUGUAGGGUAGGACUUUUAAAAGGUUCAGUAACCUUGGGUGCAAACAUUUCUGAUUGUUGGAAAAUCGCAGCAGAUUAUCUCAACCAACUUCAGCCGCAAUACUAUGUAAUGCCAUUUGAUGAAAUAUUAAAUAAAUAAAUAUGGCUAUGAAAUAUAUA